AUCCCCGCCGUGAGUCGUGAGCAUCCCGCCGUGCCAAGCGGCGCCGUCGCACAGAUCCCCCCGCCCACCACCACCCGGCAGCCAUCUUGGCCCGCAGAGCCCGCUGGCUCAGAUCACCCCGCAAUGCACUGAAGCCGCCCAUGCCCCAGGCCUGGCGGGGCCCGUGGGCAGACCCAGUUCCAUCCACGGCUGCCUGACCGAGCUGCAGCUUUUCCAGGGCCGCCGCGCACGGCUCAGGCCACCGCGCCCUCGCCCCGGCAGCCAUGCUCACGUACCACGUCGAGCUGGUGCCGACGGAGUUCGCUCUCCGCAUGCGCCCCGUCUUCAUUCUCUCCUUGGUGGCUCUGAUGGCCCUGGUCAUCGGCAAGUUUAUGAUACGCGACUUCUGGGGGGCUAUCAGCCUGAUCUUCGUUGUUCUCAUGGGGCUCCUGGUGAUUACGGGCGAGUACCGGGUCAACGCCUCCAGUGCAUGCUUCUUCGCUGUCAUGGCGAUAGUCAUGGCGAUUUUCGACGUGAUCUCUUGCGUGUUGUACUUCCAGCACUCCAAGUACAAGGUCGGCGACCCCGAGGCCCCGUGGAUCGUCCUGCUGGCCCAGACGGUCUUCGUCGUCAGCCCGGUCCUGCUGACGCUGGCCUCCCUCGUCAGCUACAGCAUCUUCAUCGACUGCAACGAGCACGCCCAGGAGCUCUGGCACCGGGACGGCGGCGUGCAGAGCUACGACUCCCUCGGCGUGGGCCCCGCGGGCCGGGCGCCCGCGGGGGGCGGGCCCUGGGGCCAGGGGCCGGCGCCCCCCGGGCGCCAGGCGCCGCCGCCCUUCCAGGGCCAGGGCCGCCGGCUGGACGGGAACGACUGAGCCCCCCCCGCGCGGCGCGGCGCCGCCGGAGCCCUCCUGCAGCUUGCUCGGGUCAUGGGCUUACACUGGCCCUCCUCCUCCCCCUCAUCCUCAUCCUCAUCCUUCUCCUCUCCGCUGCUCCCUUCCACCUUUCCCAUUUCUCCUCUGCGGGUGUGGCUGGGAGCCUGCACGGUCGCUGAAUCCUUCCAGGGGCAUAUGAGGCGGCCCGCUCCAAUGCCCGCGGCGCGCACACUCCAGCUCAGCGCGGCGAGAGGGGGCGUGCGGUGACGAUGCGCUGAGGCGCACGCCUGCAGCGAUUCGGGCAGGACCCACAGAA